AUGACUGGAGUUCUUGGUGAAGCUUUUCUCCCUCGACUCAUUGAUUUUGCCCUGGAGAAGCUCAUAUCUGCAGACGCUAUCAACUUUGUUGUGGGCAAGAAACUUAGCUCUGACUUGGUUGAUGAUGCAGAGCUCAAGCAACUGGAUAACCAUGAUGUGAAGGAGUGGCUCAACUCUCUCCAAGAUGCUCUUUACACUGCUGGUGACUUGCUGGACCGCGUCUGCACCAAAGCAGCAACUCAAAAGGACACUUUCUUGGGUAAAAUCUUCAACUCUGAAGAUAGCCAGAUGGUGGAUGAGAUAGAAAGGGUGGUUGGAAGGAUAGAAGAUCUUGAGAAAAGCAAGGGAAAGCUUGGGCUUGAAAAGAUUUCCGCAUCUAGCUUCUCCUGGAAAACUCCAUCCACUUCUCUUGUAAGAGGGAAUGUGUAUGGCAGGGAGGAUGACCAGAAGGCCUUAAUCAAGAUGCUGAAUGACAACAAUGAGCAUCACUUGUCUGUGAUCUCUAUUGUUGGCAUAGGUGGGGUUGGUAAAACAACUUUGGCUCAAUGGCUGUACAAUAAUGCAGAGUUGAUGGAGGGAUUUAAUCGGAAAGCAUGGGUUUGCGUUUUGGAGAACUUCAAUAUUGUUGAGACUACAAAGAAUAUAGUAAAGGAGAUCUCUACAAAUACUCAGGAUCUUGAUAGCUUCAAUUCAAUUCAAGAUGCUUUGAAGAAAGAAUUGUCUGAAAAGAAGUUCUUUGUUGUCUUGGACGAUGUUUGGAGUAAUGAUCAUCAUCAAUGGAAGGAUUUUCUAGCCCCUUUUCAAUAUGGGGUUAAGGGAAGUACUAUUCUUCUAACUACUCGCGAGAAAGAUGUUGGUUCAGUUGUCCAAACAAAUUACCACCCUCACUAUCUCAAUCCAUUAUCAGAAGACUAUUGCUGGUCGGUGUUUGCAGCCAAUGCUUCUUUUCCAGAAUCAAAUGGGAGGCCAAGAUUUGAAGAAAUAGGCAAAACGAUUGCCAGGAAGUGCAACGGUUUGCCAUUAGCAGCAGAAACGCUUGGUUGUUUGUGCCGAAGGCAUGAUGCUGAGGAAUGGGAAAAAAUCUUAAGGAGUGAUAUUUGGGAAUUUUCUACAAAUGAGAGUAAGAUUAUUCCAGCAUUGUUAAUUAGUUACUUUCACCUUCCUGCACAUUUGAAGCCUUGUUUUGUUCAUUGUGCACUGUUUCCGAAAGAUUAUCUUUUCGAUAAAGAUGAAUUAAUUUUGCUGUGGAUGGCCGAAGAUCUUUUAAGGCUACCAAAUGGAGGAGAGAGUUCAAGAGCAGAAAAAAGAAAAAGGGGAGAGAGUUCAAGACCAAAAAAAAACAAUAGAGGAGAGAGUUUAGAAGAAGUUGGUUGCAAGUGUUUUGAAGAAUUAACUUCCAGAUUAUUUUUUAAACCAGCUUCUUAUGGGAUUGGGAGGUACGUGAUGCAUGAUCUUUUGCAUGACUUGGCAAUAUUCCUUGCCAGAGACUUCUAUUGUAGGAUACAAGAACUUGGUGAACAAGAAGAGAUGAAGGUUCUCAGUUCUCACUCGUCAUUUGUCACAUUUACCACGUGGAAGCUUAUGUCCUCCAAUCACAAAAGUCUCUAA